CGAGAGACAAAAGUCUUUAUUCGUUUUUGGCUAGAGCCUACUCGGCCUGGAGUUAACUACAGUAAGGCACAACUGCUAGAUCUAAUAAAUAGAUCUAGGAUUCAAAUGACUACAUACAUAAAAAUAAAAGCCAGCCAUUUAGCUGAGAACAACAAGGACCAGUUAGAGAAAUACGAGUGUCCCAAAUGCGAGCACAUACUAACAGACGCAGUACAAACUAGCUGUGGGCACUGGCUGUGUCAUGAUUGUGCAGAUGGAAUAUUUCAGAAGAUGGAAGAUACGCCAUAUUGCCCAAGAACAGACUGUGGAGAAGAACUUACUGCAGAAGAAGGCAGACCAUUUUUCCCUGAUAGAUUUGUUAGGAAAGAGAUUAGCCGUUUCGUAGUCGCUUGUAUUAAUCGCAAGUUUGGUUGCAUCUGGGAAGGCAAGCUGGGUGAGCUUGGUAACCAUCUUAGGACCUGUGAGCAUAACAAGACUGAAUGCAAGCAUUGUAAUCAAGCAUUCUCGCCAUUGGAAUACCAGUCACAUGUGGAUCAAUGUCCUAAGAUGACUGUUGCUUGUCCGCUCAAAGAUCAUGGGUGCAAGGAGACAGAGGAGAUGUCACGGGAAGAAUGCAUUGAGCAUGUUGCAUCAAAAACAGGAAUCUAUUCUCACUUUUUGAUGAUCGCUAGCAUCUUGUCUUCAAUAGUACCAUCAAGUUCUACUGAUGCUCAGGAAGGAGAAAGGAGAAAUGUUGUUGAAAGUGAUGGAGGAUAUGAAUUGAUGUCUAAAGUUCGUUCUGCUUCACCAAAGGCAAUCAAAAGAUAUGUCAGCACUGAUGGACCAGCGCCUAGGGGAAAUGAGUUUGGAUUCUUAGAAGAUGGUGUAGCUGGAGCAGUAGGAGGAUAUGAAGGAAUGGGAGGAGGAAGAUUAGAUGACAAAUUAAUGAGUUUAGUCAUGACAAAGAUAACAGGAAUACAAGCAGAACUAACAAAGAAGGACAGUCAAAUACACACUCUACAGGAUAAAGUAGCCCAACUGGAGACAACACUCUCUACUAAGAUGUCUGAGAAUGAAGAUAGAGAUUUCCGACUUUCCCUGAUGGAAAAUAGUAAUUUUGAUGGUUCUAUGGUCUGGAAGAUACCUCAGUUCUCUCAGCGUAUGGAUGAUGCCAGGACUGGGAAAUACACUUCAAUCUUUUCUCUUCCGUUCUACUCCAGUCGCUAUGGUUACAAGAUGUGUCUUCGCCUCUACAUCCUGGGGGAUGGUAUAGGAAAGGGCACUCACAUGUCUUUGUUCUUUGUUGUCAUGAAAGGAGAGUUUGAUAACAUACUCCAGUGGCCUUUUACACACAAGGUGACCUUCAAGCUAAUUAAUCAGUGUGGCGCUCGGGACAUCAUGGACAUAUUCCAACCUGAUCCACUGAGCUCUUCAUUCCAGAAGCCGAAAUCAGAUAUGAACGUUGCCAGUGGAUGUCCUCGUUUUGUGUCCAUGAAUGAGCUAAUGCAAGGUGGAUUCAUUGUUGACGAUACGAUAUUCAUAAAGGUCAAAGUGGACACAGCAACCAUGCGUCACCCAUGACACCAAAAUAGAAGAGAAAAGCAGUUUGAUUACACUGGAACUACUAACUAUGAUAACUAGGAAACUCACUAUUAUGAUAUAUCACUUAAUCAUCAUUUAACACUGUUGUAUUGUAAUGAAACGAGGCCUUUGAUCCACAGUGAAUAAUUUCGUCAUACGGUUCAUCUGUCGAUUGAAUUGUGUGGCGGAGUGUGGAUCUAGACUCUGACCUUUUUUUGUUACAAUGCAGUAGUAUUGCUGAUAAAAUAGUGACUUUGUUGUUUAUGCAUUAUGAUUAUGAUAGAGUUUUCUGGUCUUUUAUAUUGCUAGUUCAAAUGUAAUUGCAACUGCUAUGAAAAUUUUCUUAUUUUUGUUAACCCUACAAUUUAUUUUGCUUCAAUGUUUAGUUCAUAUCUUAUGCCAUUUUUAUCAUGAAA